AACGACUUCCGACAGCGUCAUCAGCCCGCGCCGCUCUAUUCAACUUUUGCUGUGUAAUCUGAACGAAGCAAGGGUCUGGUUACUUGCUAUUAAAACACUUUUUAGCGUUAUUUCGUCACAUACUGAAGUCUCAAGAUGGAAUAUUUGAUCGGGAUCCAGGGACCAGACUUCGUGCUGGUUGCAGCAGACAGCGUGGCGGCCAGCAGCAUCAUCAAAAUGAAAGAUGACCACGACAAGAUGUUCAAGCUGAGCGACAACAUCCUGCUGCUGUGUGUGGGAGAGGCGGGCGACACCGUGCAGUUCGCCGAGUACAUCCAGAAGAACGUGCAGCUGUACAAGAUGAGGAACGGCUAUGAGCUCAGCCCCACAGCGGCGGCAAACUUCACACGGAAGAACCUGGCGGACUACCUUCGAAGCAGGACCCCGUACCACGUGAACCUGCUGCUGGCGGGCUACGACCAGGCCGACGGCCCCGCCCUCUUCUACAUGGACCACCUGUCGGCCCUGGCCAAGGCCCCCUUCGCGGCCCACGGCUACGGCGCCUUCCUCACCCUCUCCAUCCUGGAUCGCUACUACAAGCCAGAUUUGACGCGUGAGGACGGUAUUGCACUGCUGCAGAAAUGCAUCCAAGAGCUCAACAAGCGCUUCAUCCUCAACCUGCCCUCGUUCAACGUGCGGGUGAUUGACAAGGAGGGCGUCCAUGACCUGGAGAAGGUCCGUGUGAUCCCCCAGUGACGGCCGCGUCUCGUCCAACACCCCCCCCUCUGUCUUUUGGUUUUUUUUAUCCACUUUGUACGUUGACCCGCCUACUUUUUAUGUUCCAAUAAAAAGUGACACGCUGUUGAGAUAA